AGAAGAAGAAGACGAAGAACAGAGAAAAAAAAAAGCAAAAAAAUGUUAGCAACAGAAGGCAUGGAAGACGAAGAGAAAUGGCUAGCAGAAGGAAUCGCAGCUAUUCAACACAACGCAUUUUACAUGUCUCGUGCAUUGGAUUCGGAUAAUCUCAGAGAAGCGUUGAAGUAUUCUGCUUUGUUGCUGUCUGAGCUUCGGACUUCAAAACUUUCGCCGCACAAAUACUACGAGCUUUAUAUGCGAGCAUUUGAUGAAUUGAGGAAGCUGGAGAUGUUCUUCAGAGAAGAAGAUAGACAUGGUUGUUCAGUUAUUGACUUAUAUGAACUUGUUCAACAUGCUGGAAAUAUAUUGCCUCGAUUGUAUCUCCUAUGUACAGUAGGAUCUGUUUACAUUAAAUCAAAAGAGGCUCCUGCUAAGGAUAUUCUCAAGGAUCUUGUUGAAAUGUGUCGUGGUAUUCAGCAUCCUACACGUGGGCUCUUCUUGAGGAGUUAUCUUGCUCAAAUUAGCAGAGAUAAAUUGCCCGACCUUGGUUCUGAGUAUGAAGGAGAAGGUGAUACUGUCAUGGAUGCUGUAGAUUUUGUGCUGCAGAACUUCACAGAGAUGAAUAAGCUUUGGGUUAGAAUGCAGCAUAAUGUGUUAUAGUGCUUGUGAUACAUUCAUUUGCUUUGGUGAUCCUGAGUUGAGGCAUUCUUCGCGCUUUAUGGUCUGCAGGAACCUGUCAGGUUGAAAGAGAAGCUGGAUAAAGAAAGGAGCGAGCUUCGCGAUCUUGUCGGGAAGAAUUUGCACGUUCUUAGUCAGAUAGAGGGUGUUGAUCUUGAAAUGUAUAAGGAUGUGGUUCUGCCCAGAGUAUUGGAGCAGGUUGUCAAUUGUAAGGAUGAGAUUGCCCAAUAUUAUUUGAUGGACUGCAUAAUUCAGGUCUUUCCAGAUGAGUACCACUUGCAGACACUUGAGACUUUAUUGGGUGCUUGUCCGCAACUCCAACCUGCUGUUGACGUUAAGACUGUGCUGUCACGGUUGAUGGAGAGAUUGUCGAACUAUGCUGAUUCAAGUCCUGAAGUGUUACCUGACUUUCUUCAAGUUGAAGCAUUUGCCAAGCUAAGCAGUGCCAUCGGGAAGGUCAUUGAAGCACAAGUUGAUAUGCCAGUUGUUGGAGCCAUUUCUUUGUAUGUAUCUCUUCUGACCUUCACUCUCCGUGUUCAUCCUGAUCGACUAGACUACGUGGAUCAAAUACUGGGAGCAUGUGUCAAGAAACUUUCUGGUAAAGCCAAGCUUGAGGAUAGUAAAGCGACAAAACAAGUUGUCGCUCUCCUGAGUGCACCCUUGGAGAAAUACACUGACAUUGUGACAGUUCUAACUCUUUCAAAUUAUCCACGUGUCAUGGAUCACCUUGAUGCUGGAACAAACAAGAUCAUGGCAACAAUAAUCAUUGAGAGCAUCAUGAAGAAUGAUACCUGUGUAUCAACUGCUGACAAGGUCGAGGUUUUGUUUGAAUUGAUAAAAGGGCUGAUCAAGGAAUUGGAUGGAACUGCUACGGAUGAGCUUGAUGAGGAGGAUUUCAAGGAGGAACAGAAUUCUGUUGCUCGGCUUAUACACGUGCUGUACAACGAUGAGCCUGAGGAAAUGUUAAAGAUAAUAUGCACUGUUAGGAAGCAUAUAAUGGCUGGAGGUCCAAAGCGCCUAACUUUUACAGUUCCUCCUCUAUCCUUUUCUGCACUGAAGUUGGUUAGGAGAUUACAAGGUCAGGAUGGAGAUGUAGCGGGAGAAGAGGUUCCAGCUACACCAAAGAAAAUUUUUAAGUUAUUAAAUGAGACUAUCGAGGCUCUUUCAUCAGUUCCAUCGCCAGAAUUGGCAUUGCGGUUGUACUUGCAGUGUGCAGAGGCAGCCAAUGAUUGUGAACUUGAACCGAUUGCUUAUGAAUUUUUUACACAAGCUUUUGUACUAUAUGAAGAAGAAGUUGCGGAUUCUAAAGCGCAAGUGACUGCAAUACACUUGAUUAUCGGAACUCUUCAAAAGAUGACUGUGUUUGGUGUUGAGAACAGGGAUACCUUAACUCAUAAAGCCACAGGGUAUUCAGCAAAACUCCUAAAGAAACCUGAUCAAUGUAGAGCAGUUUAUGCUUGUUCACAUCUAUUUUGGGUUGACGAUCAAGAUGGUAUUAAAGAUGGAGAAAGGGUCUUGCUUUGCCUGAAGCGUUCGUUGCGGAUUGCUAAUGCAGCACAACAACAAGCAAAUGUUACAAGGGGUAGCAGUGGACCUGUCACGCUUUUUGUUGAAAUACUUAACAAGUACCUUUACUUUUUUGAGAAGGGGAACCCUCAAAUAACAUCUUCUGCAAUUCAGAGUCUUAUAGAGUUGAUUAAAACUGAGAUGCAGAGUGACACCACAACCCCAGAUAAAGCUUCAGACGCUUUCUUCUCCAGCACAUUGCGUUACGUUCAAUUUCAGAAACAAAAAGGAGGACUAAUGGGUGAGAAAUACGGUCCAAUUAAGGUGUGAUACUUUUAUAAUUCUUGUGGUGUCUUUCAAAUUCGAUAUGCUGAAUACAUUGUGUCUAAGCCCUGAAAGCGAAGGAUUUACUGGAUCUGAAACUACCAAAUGAGUCUUCUGCAGUGCCCGCUACCCAUCAAUUAUUCCAUCAACAAUAAAUACAACAAUUUCCUACAGUCUUAUUACAAGGUGAUUCGAUGUAAAAUUCUCCUUUUUUAAGCUAUUCUUUACCCUAAAGCAGGGAGAAUCGUGAUUUCUGGUCCUAUUUCACUUGAAUUCUUAUUGUUGAAUUGCCAGUUGGUUGUGGAGUGUAUAUAAAAAGAAAUGUGUAUUUACUAAUUUUCGAAAUGGAUGAAACAUCUUCGUUUCUCUUCCCCCGUU